GUUAACGAUCGAUGGCAAUUGCCUACAGCGUACAAUACCAUAUCUUUUAUAUUGCUAUUACUGCCUCGAUCAUAAGACUUUUUGAAAAAGUCUUUCCUUCAUGGAAUAAGUGGGGCCCUUAGAAUUUGCUCCCAGACUUGCAUAUAAAAGUCUUAUCCCGGAGUAGGGAGGAGGGGGACAAAAGCGAGCCGUGACUUUUUGGCGCGGGCAAUGGAAACGUCAAGGUCCGCCUGUCUCUUUGAAUUCGGUCAAAAAAAAAGGGUGCUGUUGAAGCUCUUCUCUUUCGAGAUCGACGUUUAGAAAUUCUUUUUAUUCCCAAUCUUAUUUGAAUCCGCUUCCACUGUUACAUCAGCGUCUUGUAACUCUCCUGUUUUCAAUUUUAUUUUUUACGGAUUCGAACCAUUGUCGUCAUCAUGGCAUCUGGUUCCUCGACGUCUUCCAAAACGCCAUUGCAUAAGGGAAAAGAUUCACAGUCGUUUCUCUCACUAUCCGAUUUUCUCUGGCAAACCCCUCUUGUUUACAACUGUCGUCUCGAUGAAACUGCCAAACAAACUAUCCUCACCCGAUGUUACGAAUCGCUGUGGCUCGGUAACGACGCGAUCAUGCAGCAAUACUUCUUUCCAUCCAGAGACGCCCUGCAGAAAGCCAUGACCGCUCAGUUCCAUCGUCAUGAUGGCAAAGAGUUUAACAUUAAUAAAGAUCCCACAUCCUGGCACACCAACGGCAUAGUCGCCGAAAAAGAUCUGGCCAGUCAACGAGGACGACCAUGCGGUCACGUCUUUCGUAAAGGAGAACCCGUCUAUCGAUGCCGAAAUUGCGGUCUGGACGAUACAUGCGUUUUUUGCUCCACUUGCUUUCACGCCACCGACCACGAUGGUCACGAUGUCUUGUUCUCCAUUAGUCCAGGUUCCGGUGGUUGCUGCGAUUGCGGUGAUGCCGAAGCAUGGAAGGUUCCUUUGCAAUGCAAGGUUCAUUCACUUGAUGCCGCUGCGGCGGCCCAUAACGCGGCUGAAAACACAGGACGAGUUUUGAUUGAACCGGCGCUAGUCGACGGCAUCCGACACACCAUUGCCUCCGUGUUAGAUUUCCUUUUAGAAACGUUUGCGCUCGCACCAGAUGAAGUGAGUUUACCUUCAUCCACCGAAGACCUUCUCAAGGAAAACCGAGAACAACGUCGUGUAUUGAGUCGACUCGGUAUACCGUCGCAAUUACCGCAUACCCAACCGCAGCAGGGCAUGAUGAUGGAGAGCGAAGAAUACACCGCCAUGGAUGCUUCCAUCAUGGACGAAGAAGAUGUAGAUAUGGACAAAGAAAAUAGUGAAGCAUUCUCAGCCGAUGCCGGCGACCCGCAGCAAGGACACAGUAAAGAAUCUUCCACCGACGAAGGAGAUGGCGAUCUUUAUGCAUGUAUCGCUUGGAACGAUGAAGCUCAUGCAUUUUCCCAUGUGCUUGAAUCCAUCAUGUCAGCUACCAAUUGUGACUUUGAAAAGGCAAAAGAAAUUGUCGAUGUUAUUCAUGUCCAUGGACGCGAAAUCAUUGCCACAUCCACCAACAUUGAGGAACUUCGAAAGAUCGCCGCUCCUCUUGCCGCCAUUAAUCUCGGCGUCACCAUUCGUCCCGCUCGAGAUACAUUCCGUGAACAGAUAUGUGGACUCUUGGUGGAUUGGCUGAAACAGCUAAUCAAUGGUCGCACUCGCUUCUUCCCGCAAGUUGCUGGAGGCGAUGCUAUUAUUCGAACCAUUCUGUGUGAAGAAUUAUGCGCGGAAUGGGAAUUGCGAUUACCGAUGGCUCUGUUAACAACAGGUCCUCGUACGACCCAGAUCACAGCCGAUGACGUGAGUGAUGAGGAGGAUUUGAUCAAAGAAGAUAUGACCGUCACUGCGAGCAACGAAGAUAUCGAGAUGUUCGAACCUGACGUUUCUUCCCAUGCUCAACAAAAAUUCGGGUCGCCGGAAUCCUCGAGUUCGAGUCCCGUCAUUUAUCGAAAUCAAUGUGACAUUGCCAGCAUCGACUGGGAUCCCGCCGCCAUGGUACGCGAAUUUCAGCAUAUUCGAGAGGAGGAAGUCAAUCUCGGGGACAUGGUAUUGGCAAUGGCCGAUGGCAAUAAGACCGCCGGUAAAAAGGCGGUAACCAUGCCAAAGGAAUCCUCCCGUAUGGGAUUGACCAUUCAAAAGGAAUUCGAAGACAAGUUGCGUUUGGACUAUUUCAUGUUGUAUGACCUUAAGCUAUGGAAAGAAGUGCGCGUAUCUCUGCGAGAACUGUACAUCAACUCCUUGAUCACCGAACCUGGGUUCAAGAAAAUUCUCGGCAAACGCCUUGCACGAAAUUACGCGCGCUUGGCGGAAUCGUUCCUGUUGAAAGAUCGCGAACCCGAAAAUUCCAUAAUUCUUUUCUCUGUCCAACUUCUCACAGUACCUACAGUUUCCGAUUUGCUCGUCAAUGAGUACUAUUUCUUUGGACUCAUUUGUUCCACUCUUGCCGCCUUCUUCCUCACCGACCAUCUUUAUCUCCUUCUCCCUUCCGAAAGAGCGCGACUUCCUUCCCGCAUCAACUGUGAAUCGCGCGCAUUUCGUACGCGCCGAUACUUUAACGCUUUCCAUGACUUGCGUUACAUCAUGAAUGUAGACAUGAUCAAACGUGUCCUUGCCGAAGAUCCGUUAUACUUGCGUCAAUACUUGGAUCUCAUCAGUCUAUUCCAAGCCAUGAAUGCUCAGCUGUGCCAAAAGAACACCCACGUGGAAUAUGAAUCCGAAAUUUGGGUCAACGCUUUCAAUGUCACCUUACAAAUCGCCAAGUGCUGUCGCCAAUUCGCGGACUGUUACGGCACGCUGCCGGUCGCUACGUUUGAAGAGCGCGUCGCUACGUCCAAGACCCUGAUUCGAUCCGUUGCUCGUGUACUGAAAACGAUUGAGGAAUGGGGCGGGGACGAAGAUGAAAACAUGGAAGCGGCCAUGUUGCGUUCGUCUACCACGGAUCCUUCGGUUGUAGUGGCCUCGGAGCAAAAUUUCCACACCGUGACCUUGCCUGACCUGCCGCCGUUUGAAGUGGUGCAAUUCAGUGUACACGCCGAACCUGUUUCUUUCCAUCAUCCCCUACAUUGGCUUCUUGCCGGUCUUUUGGAACAUGCCAGUAUUUUGGACGAGGAGGUGCUUCACGCCGCUGGAUGGUCUCACGGUUUAUCGCCCGCCACCUUUCUGGUCAAUGAAGGUGAUAAACCACCUUCGCAACGACGCUUACUGGCAAUCUUGGACUUUCCUAUCCGAACUAUUGUCUUUUCUUCGCAAAUCCGCGCAGGCGUUUGGGUACGAAAUGGUUACGGAAUCCGGAAUCAGGCUCAUCACUAUCGCGACAUCUCGUUGCGUGAAAAUACUUACGAUGCUGAUAUCUUCCUUUUGCAAUUCGGUUUUAUUAUGGUGGAUCCCGAAUUGCUGCUGGUGACACUUCUUGAUCGAUUUGAUUUAAAGUCUUGGUUCCAGGGCGAAACGACCCAUGAACAGUACGAUACCACCCAAACGGUGUUUAUGGUAGAAGAACUUCUCAACUUAUUGAUCGUGUCGGCGUGCGAACGCGCCAAUGCCACGAGCAUGUCCAUUCAGGAAAAGAUUCGUCGUGAAAUCAUUCACAACUUGUGUCUGGGACCGACGGCAUGCUCGGAACUUGUCAAGCGGAUCCCUGAACGACUGUCGGAGCAUCCUGACUUUGAUCGCGUAUUGGCGGAAGUGGCCUCCUUUAGACCUCCAGGCGGCAUCAAUGAUCAUGGCAUGUACGAAUUGAAAGAAGAAUACCACGAUCACGUCGACACCUAUUUCUGGCAUUACAGUCGCAAUAAUCGCGAAGAAGCGGAAAAUGUAUUCAAAGCGCGAUGGAAGAAGGCUAAUGCCGAUAAAAAGGAAGAAGAUUUCUUUAUUAUCCCCAAGACAAGCAAGAUCAGCUACGGUCCUUUCAAAUAUCUGGGCGCUUUUCUGCAUACGCGAGUUUUUACUCAGAUGAUGACUUACGCACUGUGGAACGUAAGAAUGAUCAACAAUCAUAAGAGCGACACCAUUCUCGAUCAAACGCUCUACCUUAUUUUAUUGGCGUUAUUGGAUGAAAACAGUGAUAUUGCGGAACAAGCCAAGCUUCAAGGAAAAUACACGGGUGGUUUCUAUCACCAUAUUUGCAAGAGCCACUUUUCACUGUCAAACGGACAGCAUUACCAGGAACUGACGCUAUUUGAGAUAUUGACGAUCUUCCGACAAGCCGAUCAAUACAAGGAAGCCCACAGUCAGCUGGACUGGAUCUUUGACCGUUUGCAAACGUGGGGAACCGAUUCUACUUGCCAUAUCGUACGCACCUGGGUGAAAUGUUCCGGCAGUGCUCCCAAUGCCAUGGAAGGUCAGACCAACGAAUUGUCAGAGUACGAAAAGAAGAAAAAGGCAGCCAAAGAGAGGCAACAACGCAUCAUGGCCCAAUUUGCUCAAGCUCAAUCUCAGUUUAUGGAAAAUAAUGAAGGAUUGUAUGAUGAAGAUGAGGAGGAACAAGUCGAAACAGGAGCCGAGGCUGGUGAUUCAGCUGCCGCCGUGUCCGGCUUGACAGAUGAAGACGGUGCCACCCAAGAAGACAUUCAGGAGAAUGAGGAGAUGCAAACAAGGUUCUAUACGUACCCCACAGGAACAUGCAUUGUCUGUCAAGAAGACGUCAAUGAACGUUCCUUACCCUAUGGCCUGCUUGGAUUCUUGCAGACAUCCAAUGUACUGCGCGAAACACCCAUGGACGAUAAAUCCGUUUUCCGGGAUAUCGUCGACAUGGGUUGCAACCUCGAUGUGGACUGGCCAGACAAGCAAAUGCUUCCGGACGACGCCCCCUCCUUGACCGGUUUACCGGCCCAGCUGCACAAAACCGGGCUCUACGCAUCCACUUGUGGUCAUCUGAUGCACAUCAAAUGCUUUGAAGUCUACUGUACCUCUAUUGACGCACGCCAUUCGGCUCAGCUUACACGCAAUCACCCAGAAAAUCGUACGCGCAAGGAAUUCAUGUGCCCUCUAUGCAAAUCCCUUGGCAAUACGCUAUUGCCUGUCUUCUGGAAAGGCAAAAAGGAGGUGUAUCCGGGUGUGCUUGUCAAGGCCAACGACGCCAGUCACCAUCAUUUCCUGGAAUCCACUGUACCGGAGGCGAUUGACAGACUAAAGUCUGCUAUCCUCUCCAGUCGACCAGCUUUCAACCAGCGACGUCGUAGUAGUGGUACCAGUAAACUCAAGGAAGCGUUCAAUACUUGGAUGAAGCCAUCCACCUUGCGUCCAACCGCCACGGGACAAUCCAUGCUUAUUGAAGACUUUAUGAAUCGUGGAUCCACUGGAUCGAGCAACACACCAUCCGAUGCGGGUUCGCAGAGUGAGUCAUCGUUGCAGCUUCCAGGUACUUCGCCUUCCAACGACCGUUUAGGCCCGUUUGACUCUGAAACCUUGCAUGGAACAGCCAUGGCCAAUGUGACUUCCAUUCGCAAAACGUACAGUCGUUUGUUCGACGUGCUAUCGAUCAUCUAUCAAGAAAUCUGCAGCGACGAAUCGCGACGCGAGUUGUCGACAUUGAGCAAGAACGUUGAUUUGUUGUGGGGAUUACUGGGUUACACCAUUGCUGGCGUGGAAAUUGCUGCGCGUGGCAUGGCAAGAAAAGAGCAUUUGAAUCCCGCCGAAUGUGCCACGGGAACGAUGUUUGAUCAAAUUCCACCGCAAACUCAGAUUCUUUUGCGUAUUCUGAGUGACACCAUUAUGGCGUAUACGAAUGUGAUGGGAAUGCAAGAUAUGGGCACUUCCGGCGGCAUGACGGGCAAUUCCAGUCACGUCAUGACCCGCGUGAAUUUGCUUGCCCUCGGACGUUUGGGCCAGAUCUUUGUCGACGCACCUUUGGAAGACAUGGCUCAAUUCACCAGUUUUGGUCAAGACAAGAUCGUAUUCUACGAAAACCCCCCUCUUUUGGAAGACGAUCCGUUCAUGGUGCUCGUCGAGCUUUCGUUACACCUGAUACCCGACAUGAAAUUGGAUGUGCAUUCGCUCAUGCGAACACUGUUAUUGGCCGAGUUGAGCAAAACCGUCAUCGGACUUAUUCAGGGCACCAUGGUUCCAUUGACUCCGACAGCCCAGCCGACGGCCGUUCCAGAAGAAGUCGAGGCGGCCAACAAAUUUGCGUUCUGGAUCAUGGAGAAACUAAACAUCUCGCAGGAGAAUGCCUUUGCCAGCUUUGCCAAGUUUGGAUCGCAGGAAACCUUCUGGGCGUUGCUGAAAUUCUAUGCAUUACCUUUCCUGCGUCGGUGCAUGAUACUAAUGAUUACUCGAUUUGGUUUAAUUGUGACGCCUUCCGAGGACAUGUCCUCCGGUGCCAGCAGCGAAGUAGACCGGUUACUGGAUGCAUUGCAGUUGCCGCGACUGGAUGUUCUGUUGCAGCGAACCGACGAUACCGAACGCUUGGUGGGCGGAUGGUGUCGCCAGUUUGUCAAGGAAUCCGAACGUCGCAUGCAGAUUCAAGAAACGGUCACCGAAGGAUUACCCAUCAUCGCGUUGGAUUUACCGACUCCACUUUACUUGGUAGCGCUUCCACGACGUUUGGAUCGAUUGUUUGAUGAGAGUCUGCAACGUGUGUGCCAAAAGUGUGGUACCAUUCCCAGUGAUCCUGCAUUGUGCCUGUUUUGUGGAACCUUUGUUUGUGCUCAAAGUUUCUGUUGUGCCGAAGAAGAAGACGGCGAAUGCAAUCUACAUACACUCGAGUGCGGAGGCGAAGUGGGUAUCUUUUUAUCUGUGAAACGAUGUGUAUUGAUCCUGCUACAUAAUGGCAACGGUUGGUUUAUCAACGCGCCGUAUUUGGAUCCCCAUGGUGAGGUGGAUCAAGGUCUUCGACGAGGCAAACCGCAAUACCUCAGCCUAAAACGCUACGCAGAAACUCGCAAACUGUGGCUUCAGCACAACAUACCCAUCUACGUAGCACGACAAAUUGAAGCAAAUUAUGAUAUCGGUGGAUGGACCACACUUUAACUGGAUGGCAUAGAAAAAAAUGCCAAUGACUUGUUUGAUUAUAAUGAAAACUACAGUAAAAGAAAAUACAAGACUCCUUUCUGCAUGUAAAAGAAAAAUUCCCAGCGGAUCAACCUUUUGUAAAAGUGAAAUGAAAGUAG